AUGGCUUCCCGACCGCGCCGUUCAGCGGCCAAGAAGGCUUCUGAAGCACUUGUUGACUGGGCCGACAGCGAACGAAAUAGCAGCAUGUCUACUCGCACCCGCCGCUCAGAGGGCCGCACCUCAGGUGUAUCCCGCGGCCCCCCAUCCUCGCCGGGGAGCGAGCACUUGAACCUUACUGUUAAGGUGCCCGCAAAUAAGCUUCGUGAAGCCACCAGCACUGGCCGAGGCAGAAACUCGACGGGAAACAGUAUCUCUGUAAACAGUAGGGGCUCUCUUGGUGGCAAUGAGAUCGUCGCUGGAAAGCGCAACCGCGGUCCCAAGAAGAGCUAUGUUGUCGCGUCUGACAGCGACGAAGAAGAGGACGAAGAGAUGGAGGAUCUCAAUGAUGACGAUGCUGAGGGCGAUGAUGACAUGGAUGUCGAUGCUGAGGGUGAGGAGGAGGAUGCCGAGGGGGAUGUUGACAUGGACACCCCUGCUGCUUCCACCAUCAAGAUCCAACUGCCCAAGGCAGGCAAGGUCACACCUCGACGACCGGCUGCGGCGAGGGUCAUUGAGGAUGAUGACGAUGAUGACGAGGAAGAGCUCAGUGAGAUUGAAGUCAGCGACCCUGAGAACACAAUGGAUAUGAGCAUUGAUGUCGGAGGCGCCGGUGACGAGGAUGAGGAAGACGAGGAAGAUGAGGAGGACGCUGAGGGCGAAGAAGAGGAUGCCGAGGGCGAAGAAGAGGAUGACGCAGAAGGCGAAGAGGAAGAAAUUGAGGUUGCCGACGAAACUCAAGGGCUGGGCGCCGAGGGCGAUGAGGCCGACAGCGAGCUCGGUAGCCGCGAGGGAACGCCUGACUUGACUAAGAUGACCAGAAGACAGCGUGCCAGAUUUGAGGAUGAGCCCCAACAGUACAUGAAGCUCUCAGACGAGGUUCAAGCAAAGAAGGUCUUCACUGCUGAGGAGCUUUCUAUGAGAAGGGCAGAAAUGGCGCGUCGCCGACGGAACUUGUCAGAGAAGCGCAAUGAGGAAGUCAAGAUGGAAACAAUCAACAAGCUCUUGAAGAAACAAGCACCCAAGACCAAGGGCAAGGCCCAAGCGACCGGUGACGAGACACCGAGCAAUGAGCCGCAGAGGGCCGACGCAGCGUUCGUCCGCUGGGUCAACUCGAAGAAGGGCAGCGUCGUCGCGGUGCCGGAUGACAUGAUUGGCGGACCGGCGGGCAAAGUCUUCGUUCCUGGAGGACUCAAGUCUGGCAAGAUGGUGGAAGAAGUUGCUUAA